CAGGGGGUUGUGCGAGCUGUUUGAGAGAAAGAGAGAGAGAGAGAAAACACACACGAACAAAAACACGCCAGUAUGGAAGCCUACAAGCGGUCACACAGGAGCCAAGAGGACGCGAGAGAGACGACAAACAACCUGUUGGAGAGAAAGACGAACUCAGAGCCCGUCGCAGAAAUCAUGGACGUGGAGUUACAGGACCUUCCCUUGGGUCCUCUUGACGACGGACUUCAGGACACGUUGCAUGAGGACCUCGUAUACGACAAGACCUGCAGACGGUCCUCCUUGGGCGCUGAUUCCCUGUUGGACCAAGACUUCACCGACGACGCCGCGCCCCUCGAAGGAGACGCUGCCGGAGGGACCUCUGUCUUCACGUCCCUCGACACGGUGCUAGGGUACCAGUACGCCGACGAUAUUUACGCCAUCAAGAAGUCGAAGGAGGAGCUCUACCAUCCGUACAACUGCAUGGCGGAUCAGCCCCAGGUAACGGAGUACAUGCGCUGCACUCUGGUCCACUGGUUAAUCAAAGUGAACCACCAGCUCCAGUUCGGUCCCGAGACGGUGUUCCUGGCGGUGAACCUCGCAGACCGGUUCCUCGUGGUCACGCCGCUCGCGCAGGACUGUCUGCAGCUCCUGGCGGUGGCGGCCCUCUUCGUGGCGGCGAAGAUGGAGGAGUGCGUCGUGCCCGGAAUCACCGAGCUCGUGUCCAUGUGCGCGGGGACGUACCGGCCGCACCACUUCCGGCGGAUGGAGGUGCUCAUCCUCUCGAAACUUGGCUAUGCCUUACACAGCCCAACCUGCUGGUACUUCAUUGACCAUCUUACUUUCAAAGCAACGCAGAUGUGUGGGCUUGAUAGGUAAGUAAUGCGUCGCCGCCGCCACGUGGCCGAGACCUGCCUGAGUAACUACGAGAUCAGCCAGUUCCUCCCGAGCGUGCAGGCGUCGGCGGCCAUCCAGGUGGCGCUGAGCCUCGUGCCGGUGCCCAGCCUGCAGGCCAACACGUGGCAGACGCUACUCUACACGCUGUACACGGAAGCCGAGAAGGGCGACGCGAGAAUCUGUUCCUCGCUCAUGACCCGGUACAUGACCCCGUUUCUGGAAGCCAUAACCUCUGACCUCGGUUCCGGGCAUGAGACGCCGCCCUCGACGCUGCCCUUUUCGCCCCACGAUGACAGAAUGGACGCCCACGAGAGAAUGGACGGGUGUGACAAGACGGACGACCGGGAUAAUAUGGACACCCACGACAGAGCGGACGCCCACGACAGAAUGGAAGGUCGCGAUAAAAUGGACACCCAAGGCCCAAAGGACGCCCACGAGGAUAUGGGCGAUCGCAGCCGGAUAGACGCCCAUGAAGACUAAGGAACAGCCAACGAGAGGCACCAACUUCUAUGCGAAAUUGGAAGGUUUUGUUGAUUGUGCGAUAUAGUAAGAUGAAAAUACUGGUUGGUUGGUUUGCGUGUGUGUCUGUUUGUGUUCGCGUGUGGAUAUAUUGUUGGAUACGAGUUUUUUGCGAUGUUUUUCAUUUUAUUGUUUCAAUUUCGUUUCCCAUUCAACUCUGUUUGAAAAGGGAUUAGUUAGUCCCUUGCGAUGUACAUUUUCUUUCAUAGUUGCUCAUAGAAAACGUCAUAUUUUACACGGGAGGUACUAUCGUAAAAAGCGAAAUGCUCACUAUCUCCUUGAUUCUUUUACCAAACAUGUACCAUUAGUUUUCUCGCAACACCUUGGACAUUUAUCACACUUUUGGGUCCGUGUUAGAUGUUUAUUACACUUUUGGGUCCGUGUUAAAUGUUUACCACACUUUUGGGUCCGUGUUAGACGUCUACCACACUUUUGGGUCCGUGUUAGACGUCUACCACACUUUUGGGUCCGUGUUGGACGUCUACCACACUUUUGGGUCCGUGUUAGACGUCUACCACACUUUUGGGACCGUGUUAAAUGCUUACCACA